AUGGAAUCGAGCCUUGCCCAUUCCGCUUCCGAAAAAUCAUACUCGCCACGGGGCUCCCGAGGCUUUACUCGCAACACGGCACCUGAAUCCGAGGCAUCAUUGGAACUGAAGGCCAUUCCUAACUUGCAGAUUAGCGACGUGAAGAUGGAAAGCUCCCGAGUCGUCUUCUUCGAUUCCCAGAACCCGCAUCAACCGUUUUAUCCUCCCGAAUAUCCUCAGUCUGGGUCUGGGCAGACAUCGAUGAGACACAGCCUCGCAAACGCUCCCCGCAGCGUCGAUGCCCCGAACUGGCGCAGGGGUAUGGGCAUGGGAGGCGGUCAAGGCCACAGACACUACAGCUCAUUAAGCUCGUCGGCCAGCGGCACCGAGUACAUGAUCAUGGGAUCUCAAGUGAAAGAUUGCCAGGCUCCAAGCAUGGGUCGGAACACGAACAUCGACACUUCGGGCUUCCACGGCUACUGCCUCGAUCGUGGAAACGGCAAUUAUACCAGGUUGAUUCCUGCCGACUCACUUCCACCUUUGGUUGGUGUACCGGCUAUUCAGAACGACGCUGAAGGUCUGCUUGUUCUCCCACAGCCUCGAGGCGUGGACCCUCAGAACUUGACUGGCAGCCCUGUCCAGCCUGUUGCUUUUAGACGCAGAAUCGAUCAGAUCGUUGCCACCUCCCCCAACUCGCCAAAGAAGCCCAAGAUCUACUGUGACAAGUGGGUUCACGAGGGCGUCUGCGCAUUCACCCAGCAAGGUUGCAAGUACAAGCAUGAGAUGCCCCUCGAUAAGGCGACGCAGCACUCACUUGGUCUUUUCCAUGGGUUGCCGGCAUGGUGGAAGAAGCAGCAGACUGAAGUUCGGCAACAGCAGCAGCAGCAGCAACAGCCUCAGGGCAGCGGAGCUGAGGUCUACUUUGACCUUCGUCAACAAUCUCAAAGUGACUUGGAUUCGUCCUUGAUCAGUGAUAGGGGUCUCGCUAGCUCGACGAGAGCGACGCCGUCGUGGCGGAGAGGUGAGGGUGGCAAGAACCCGGGACAGGUGAGCGCAGGAUCACUGGCGAGAUCAGGUGCAGGAUACAGGAACUCGCCUGACUCGAGAACUACAUACCAGCAAAAUAUGGAUUCGCCUACCUCCUCUUGUGUCUGGGGCCCGAUCGGUCCGCCUUCGAAGCAGACACCCGACCCAAAUCCGCAUUCCCACCAGAAUAUGAGUGCCUUCAUCACUUCCAACAACUUCGCUCUGCUGAGCUCUCUUGACGCGAACACGGGCGAGAGGGAUGAUGGCCGCAGAUAUGAGUCCUACUAGAGUUACUAGCUUGAUAUCAACUUGUUGGAUCGGGCAUGGC